GCGCCGCGCCGCGCGGCCGCGAGCGGCUCGGAGAUGGGGGCGCGGCGCGCGCUGCACUUCGUCUUCAAAGUGGGCGACCGCGGCCGCAGCGCGCGCUUCUACCGCGAGCUGCUGGGCAUGAGGGUUCUACGGCAUGAAGAAUUCGAGGAAGGCUGUAAAGCUAGCUGCAAUGGCCCUUAUGAUGGAAAAUGGAGUAAAACAAUGGUGGGCUAUGGACCAGAAGACAAUCACUUUGUCGCAGAAUUGACUUACAAUUACGGUAUUGGAGACUAUCGACUUGGCAAUGACUUUCUGGGCAUAACACUUGUGUCCAGCCAGGCUGUGAGCAAUGCUAGGAAGCUGGGAUGGCCUCUCAGUGAAGUUGCCACUGGUGUAUUUGAAACUGAAGCCCCAGGAGGAUACAAGUUCUACUUGGAAGAGAAGGAACAACUAAAGCAAGAUCCUGUGCUAAAGGUAACUUUGGGUGUCUCCGAUCUGCAGAAGUCUAUUAACUACUGGUCUAAUUUGCUUGGGAUGAAAAUAUAUGAAAAGGAUGAGGAAAAGCAAAGGGUUUUGCUAGGCUAUGCAGAUAACCAGUGUAAAUUGGAGUUGAAGAAUGUUGGAGGAGCAGUGGAUCAUGGCACAGCGUUUGGGCGGAUUGCCUUUUCCUGCGCGAAGGAAGAGUUACCAAACAUUGAAGCACUGAUGAAAAAGGAGAAUCAGAAAAUUUUAACACCUCUGGUUAGCUUGGACACACCUGGCAAAGCCACAGUACAAGUGAUUAUUUUGGCAGAUCCUGAUGGCCAUGAAAUCUGCUUUGUAGGAGAUGAAGCAUUUAGAGAUCUGUCCAAGGUGGAUCCUAACGGUGACAAAUUGUUAGACGAUGCCAUGGCAGCAGAUAAGAGUGACAAAUGGUUUGCUGAGAAAAAGAUGAAGAAGGCUUCUGCUUAGUUGGAGAAAAAGUGUCGUCUGAUUGUUUGUGCCUUGGUUUCCAUCUGAAUGAAAUGCCUGUAAUAUGUAAUGUGCUGUGUUAUCCUUUUCAGUAAGAGGCCAGUGUAAUAUCUCAUGCUGGGAGUGUUUUGAGCUUGUAUCUCUUAAUAUCUCCUUUCAAAUAAAUGCUACGUACUCCUUCAAA